CACAGCAGAUCACCGAUCAAUGGAAAGAGCCGAAGAUGUUGGCUCGGUCAUGUGAUCAGCUGUGUCCAAUCAUGGCUGAUCGCAAGUAAAUAGGGAAAUGCCGAGCCAGUAAUCGGCAUCAGUGCCAGUCAGUGCCGCCUAUCAGUGUGCAUCAAUGCUGCCUAUCAGUGCCCGUCAGUGCUGCCUAUCAGUGCUGCCUUUAAGUGCCAGUCAGUGCCACCUAUCAAUGUCACGCCAAUUAUCAGUGCCGCCUAUCAGUGCCAUAUAUGAUUGC